CUUCUCAAUCGAAGUCUGCUCCUUGAGCUGGAGCCACUCCGACGUUGGCUUUCUGCUUCUCUCUCCUCUCCUCCACAUGAAUUCGCUCCGCUUUUCAGAUCCCUAAGACCAACUGCUUGUGGAGCGAGGAUUCCGAAUUUUCUCCCGUGCUCAGUCCCACUAAAUCUAGGAACGUCUCGUUUUUCAGGAGCUUCUGCCCUCAAAAUUCUGUAGCUUCCCAGUACUGUGAGAGCUUUCCUUCGUGUUGUUCCUGUCACAAAUCCCUCAUGUUGUUUGGUUCGUCUGAAACAAUUAAAAAAUAACCAGCGCGAAUAAAAUUCAAUAAGGAAUCAGUGGAAGGUAGCCUCCUUCUAUUUUCGCAUUCAAGCAUAUCGGGAGCUCUAUAGUCAUUCCUAUAACUUUUGUAAAGAAAGAAUUCAUGGACGUGACAGUUUAGCACAUGAAUAAAUACAUACACGUCGUGUGAAGGAUGGCGAGCUGGAUGCUGCAACGAAGAAUGAUGUUCACCCUGCUAGUCAUGGCCAUCGGAUUCAUUCCUUCCAAAAUCGAAGGCAACCCGGAGGCUAAGCGUUUGUAUGACGACCUUCUCAGCAAUUACAACCGACUCAUACGACCCGUUGGAAACAAUACGGACAGGCUCACAGUGAGGCUAGGUCUCAAGUUAUCUCAACUAAUUGACGUUAAUUUGAAGAACCAGAUCAUGACCACCAACGUAUGGGUUGAGCAAAGUUGGUCAGAUGUGAAACUUAGCUGGAAUCCGGAGGAUUAUGGAGGCGUGGAGAGCCUGCAUGUUCCUUCCGAGCAUAUUUGGCUUCCAGAUAUUGUGCUGUAUAAUAAUGCGGAUGGCAAUUAUGAGAUUACCAUCAUGACGAAGGCUAUUCUAAAUUUCACCGGAACAGUAAAAUGGACACCUCCAGCUAUUUACAAGUCAUCUUGUGAGAUAGACGUGGAAUAUUUUCCCUUCGAUGUCCAAACAUGCACUUUAAAAUUCGGCUCCUGGACGUACGACGGUUACUUGGUGGAUCUACGCCAUAUCAACCAAACGGAAGAUUCGCCCGAUAUUGAUUUGGGAAUUGACCUCCAAGACUACUACAUUUCAGUGGAGUGGGACGUAAUGGGCGUCCCAGCAAAAAGAAACGAAAAAUACUACAGUUGCUGUGAAGAGCCCUAUUUGGACAUCACAUUCAACAUAACCCUUCGUCGGAAAACUCUGUUCUACACCGUUAAUCUCAUAAUUCCUUGUGUUGGUAUUUCUUUCCUCUCAGUUUUGGUAUUCUACUUACCAUCAGAUUCCGGAGAGAAAAUGAGUUUGUGUAUCAGCAUUCUACUUUCACUUACUGUAUUCUUCCUCUUGUUGGCCGAAAUUAUCCCACCCACGUCCCUUGCAGUACCACUCUUGGGGAAAUUUUUGUUAUUCACCAUGCUACUAAUCACGUUUUCGGUAGUGGUAACAAUUUGUAUUCUUAACGUGAACUACCGGUCACCAGCCACUCAUAAAAUGGCCCCUUGGGUCCGAACAGUGUUCAUCGAAACGCUCCCAAAGUUUUUAUUUAUCAAGAGACCCGACAAAGAUGACGAAGACGAAGAAGAUGACAAUGACAACGGAGAUGCGCCCAAUCUGCAGAUUUGUCACAUUCACGGGUUCAACCCACCACAAGAAAUUGAUAUGCCCUUCUAUCCUUCACUCCCUUCGCCGAUAUUUCUUAGCGAGUCCGAAGCCCUUCGUCAUAGUGUUGGUGACGUUAGAAGGUUCCCGACGGAAAUAGAGAAAUCUGCAACAUCUUGCAGAUUUGUUGCUCAACAUAUGAAAAAUAAGGAUCGCUUUGAAGCUAUAGAAGAAGAUUGGAAAUACGUGGCUAUGGUUCUAGAUCGCCUGUUCCUGUGGAUUUUUACAACCAUUUGUGUAUUAGGGACCGUGCUCAUUAUUUUUGCUGCUCCAAGCUUAUAUGACACCACGAAACCGGUUGAUCUCCAGCAUUCUAAAAUUGCAAAGCAGAAAAUGAUGAUGAUGGGUCCGGAAGAAGAUUAACCAAAUGAUUCAAAUCGUAUAUCCCUUACAUCAUAUAAACAAUAAA